AUAGGGACGAGAACGAGGAGUAAUUUCCACUAGAAGAAACCAAUUGUUCGUUCACAUAGACCUGUGAGACGUUAUGAACUUUCUAAUCGAGGACGUUCCGGAUGAGCGACGAAUUCAAUGAAGCGGCAGAAGAAACGAGGACGUGUUGGACCUCUUCAAAGAAGCACCACGCCUUCUGGAAUUUGGAGCUUCUGGUAAGAGGUUUGGUGUAUUGCAUCGCUGCGACACCAACAGUUCACAUCGGACACACCUCCCGCGAAAUCUUCCACACCAUGACUUUGUGCCUCAUCGCAUGAAGUGGGGUGUGGCCAUAGUCGGUUGUGAUGCCUGCGAUAGGAUUCUAAUCCCAAGCAGCGGUGAAGUCUUCGUAUUCUCCACCUCGGACAUA